AGCAAUAUCAAUCAAAAUCACGUCAUUUAAAAUUCGCCAACCUUUGCAAUUAUACUUAAAGUACGUGUUUAAUAUGAUACAUAAAAUAGAUUGGAAUGACUUGAUUUUCGAAAACGAGAUUCUCGGAUGGGGUAGCUAUGGUGAUGUAUACGAAGCAACUUGGAACUCAAUAGAUGGCCCACAGAACAUCGCGAUUAAAAAAUUUAGACCCUUCAUAAAAGACCUCACAAUUGAAAAAGAAUUCGGUUUGUUAUCGUUAGCCAACCAUGAUAAUAUUGUAAGGUUUUUGGGUAUCACAAAAGAUGGGGAUAAUAGAACGGUUAUGGUCAUGGAAUACGCAGAAUGCGGUUCACUUUAUAACAUGCUGCAUAAUAAUGGAAUAAGCUUGGCAUAUACACGAAGAAAUGGAAUUGGCUGGAUGCUUCAAUGCGCCAAGGGUGUUGAAUACCUUCAUAAAUUUAGUCCGAAAAUUCUACAUCGUGAUCUAAAACCCCAAAAUUUACUACUUUUCAAUGAUUGUCGUACAUUGAAAAUAUGCGAUUUUGGCACAGCUAAGGAAUUGGCUACCAAGAUGUCAAAUGGAGUUGGCACUGCUCGAUAUAUGGCACCAGAGGUCAGUAUAGAAAACUCCUACACUGAGAAAUGCGAUGUUUAUAGUUUCGGCAUCACAUUUUGGGAAGUAAUGUCAAAAAAGAAGCCAUUUUAUCACUUGGGAGAAACUGUCGACUUUCAUAUUCAAAAGAAGGCCAUAGAAGGCGACCGUCCACUCAUAAAUGACAUACAAAAUAUGGACAAAUCUGAUCUGAUAAUAAAACUUAUAGAACAGUGUUGGGAUGGAGAUUCUACGCAGCGACCAGCAAUGCAAGACGUUAUAAGAGAUAUACAUUUUUUGUAUUCAAAUAACAAAGAACACUUUAACAUGGAAGAGCUAACUUUAGAGGACCAUGACUCCUCUGAAAAUCUGAAAGUUUUAGGAAAUAUAGGUAUUUCCGCAUAUGAACAUGGCGCAACUCCAGAAGCUAUAACGCCAAAAGUUAUAACAACAGAGUACAUUGGCUCAGGAACAUUUAGUGACGUUUUUAAGGCAAUUUGGAGAACAGAAGAAGACGAGAAGAUAAUCGCAGUAAAAAUAUACAGGGGCAGAGUUUUAACAGAAUCAACAUUUGUUUCACGACUUCGCCAUAGGAAUAUAUUGACAUAUUAUGACAUAAGAACUAAUACAGAUCGCAGAACAUGUCUACUCUCGGAGUAUGCUGAUUGCGGAAAUCUCUAUAAUGCUCUACAUCUAGGUGAUUCUUCAUAUCAAAAUGCUUUAACAUGGAUGCUUCAAUUGGCCAAGGGUGUCGCAUUUAUGCAUCAACAAAACAUUAUUCAUGGCGAUCUUAAACCAAAGAAACUGCUUCUGUUUAACAAUUAUCAGACUCUAAAGAUUUCCUUAUCGGAUUUCAUAUGUAUUAAGCCUACAACAAUGACGAAAAUGGUUGGAGAGUCGUAUUACAUGGCACCAGAAAUUGUAGAAGGGUCGAAGUACACAGAAAAGUGCGAUGUUUAUAGUUUUGGGAUAAUACUGUGGGAGGUGAUUUCACGAAAGAAACCGUUCUACAAUCUGGAGAAUAAAACCAGUUACUUUAUUUUAAAUAAAGUAAUAGAAGGUCUGCGGCCUGAUGUGAAUGUUGUGAACGGCAUUCAACAUUCUGCACAGAUAAAAAUGUGGAUUACCAACUGCUGGGAUGCAGAUCCAGAGAAGCGGCCCACUAUGCAUGAGUUAAUGACGAAUUUUACACAUAUUGCAUAAAUAAAUAUUAAAAAUAUUAGUUUAAAUAUUUAUCUUUUUAUAGAAAGAAAUAACAGUUAAAGGCUAUACAUAAAAGCUUUCAAGCACAGUUCAAGCAAACUCUCGUUAAAUAACCGAAUACUUCGUUUAAAAAAUGUUAAUUUUUUUAUUGAAAUUCGUACAAAAAUAUCUUAUUAAGGAAAUUUAAAGUCUUCUUCACAAAUAUCUCUCAAUCUAUCAAUUUCAAACAAUAGAUGUGGAUACUUGAUAUAAACUCGAGGCUGAAUGCCAAGAAUGGUAGCCAAUCUUCUCAUGGUUGGUCUCAUUAGUGGCUCUUUAUCCCAGCACUUUUGAAUUAAUAGUUUUAUGCAAUUCAAAAACUCAAACUUUUUAAGUUUGUCAAUAUCAUCUAUAUUCGGACGCUUACCUUCUUGAAUAGGAAAAAAUUAUAGAAAAUAAAGAAUUAUAUCAAAUUGCUGUGUUCUUUAAUUCACUCUUACCAUCAUUUAUUUUUCUUUGUAAAGCCAUUGGUUCCAUUUGCUGAGAGUCAUUAAAGGGCUUCUCUCCAGACAUUACUUCCCAGAAAACAAUGCCAAAGCUAAAAACAUCACACCUUUCCGUGUAACUCCCUCCUUCAUUCUGUAUAAAUUGAAGAAUCAAAGUAUACCAAUGUUUUAUGUGAUUAACAUAAAAUUAUAUAUACUUACGCAUAUUUCUGGAGCCAUAUAAGCAUAUGUCCCAAUACAUUCCGUAUUAACCGUUGCUAGUUCUUUAAUUGUGCCAAAAUCACAUAUUUUCACCGUACGGUAGUUGUUACAAAGCAAAAGGUUGUUAGACUUAAGAUCCCGAUGGACUUUUUUUUUGGUCAUGUAAGUAUUCCAUGCCCUAAGAGCAAUCGAAUUUUGAAUACGGAUCACAUUUUAAAGACAAUUCAGCUUACCUUAGCUAUCUGGCUCAUCCAAUUAAGCUUUCCAUCUAGUGUUAUUUUUAUAUUCGAUUCAUGCAAGAAGUUAUGGAGUGAACCACAAUCG